GCGAGCGGGCGGGCGAGCUCGGCGCGCACUCCGGCAUUCAGGAAUCCAUUCCCCGCGGCCGCGUUUCAUCGAUCGCAUUUCGGUGGAUUGGAUUCUUUGGAGGAUUUUUUUUUUUGAUCUUCGUAAUCGGGGAGGUGCGGCGGCGGUGAGCUGGUGAUGGUGCGUGGCUAGGUUCGGGGGUGGUCGGAGGCCAUGAACAUCGUGCGGGGCGUCGCGGAUCUCCUCCGCAAGGCGCCGGCGCCGCCGCCUGCGCCGCCCGCCGCGCCCCCCUCGGGCGGUGGCGAGGGCUCGUUCCCAUCCGCCGACGUGGAUGACGCCCCCACGCCCCGCGUCGUCUUCAGUGAUAGCACAGAGGAGAGAAUCUUAAAUACACUAUGGAAAAAGUAUGAGAAUGCCCUUGAUAAGGCUGAAAAGGAGAAAUCCCUGCAAUUUUUUGUCUUACAAUUUGUACAAACAUUCAGAGAUUGGGGACCAUACCAUAUCAUGCAAUUGGUUGAUCAAGAACUAGGAUCUGAUGAAACAGUUGUGGGAUGCUCUCACGGGCACCCUUCUGAGGUCAUUCUUAUUCUGAUUCAGGAGAUGUCUAUAAUAACAUCAACUAUCACAGAAAGUGGCAGCAGUCCAGAAUCUUCUCCAAACUAUUCAGAGCAACUGGGAGAUCUGGGAUUAAGGACUGAACGGUUACAUGUUUUGGAGUGCUUGACAAUUUUGACUCGCUCCAUGCAUAACUGUAGAGUAUUUAGAUAUUAUGGUGGUGUGAAGAAGGUUACUUCUCUACUAAAGGCUGCAGUUGCUCAGCUAAAAAUCCAGAACAACUUGCUUGCUGCAGAUAACCGCGUUUCAUGUCAAGCAGUAGAAAAUAUAAAAAUGAUGCUAAAUAUGCUCAUAUACAUAGUUACAGUAAUUUCAAACUUCAUGAAAUUGGAGCCAACUGGCGCAUGGAUCCCCCAUUUUCUCAGGUCCUCUAGGUAUGCCUCAUCAAAGAAUCAUCUGGCCACAGUUACUCCAGGUACUUCAGAAAGUGGUAUUUAUGAUACACUUCAACGUUGGCAACAAAAGGCUAUUAUUCUUGUGAUGGAGGCUGGUGGUGUCAAUUCGUUAACAGAACUCUUGCGGGUCAUUCAGAGACUGAAUUUGAAAGACCAAUGGGCUGAUCUUUCUCUACAUUUUAUCACAUUAUGCACUCUACGAUCGACUAUAUCUGGAACCCGUGCACAGAAUCAUUUUAAAAGCAUUGGUGGUCUGGAAAUUCUACUGGAUGGGCUAGGACUCCCUUCAAGUAAAUUUUCAGUUUCGAAGCAUUCAUCUAUUCCAAAAGAUGAAAGAGAUGAAGUUCUUAUGCUCCAAAUACUGUAUUUGGAAAUUCUAAGUGAGGCAGUAUUUGGCAAUGUCAACAAUCUGCAAUUUUUGUGCGAAAAUGGACGUGUGCACAAAUUUGCAAAUUGCAUUUGUUGGCCUGCAUUUAUGAUUCUGGAUUUCCAUCGGCAAAGGGAUAACACCAGGACUUCACUUGCAUCGGAUUCUAUCUCUGGCCCAAUUUAUUUUCUUGAUAUAACUGAAUGGAGUGACUACUCUGCAAAGUUGAGCAGUGCACUUUGCUCUUUUAUUAUUCCUUCAAAGGAUAUAAAUAACUAUGCUGAUGAAAUUGCUUGCAACAAAAUUUCUUUAUCUAUCCCAUCAGCAUACCGAGAGCAAUCUGUGAGAUGGAUAAUAAGGGUUCUUAUGACAGUUUUCCUAUGCAUCAAAGCUUGUACUAGUGAAACUGAAUUGCCAUACCAUAUAAAGAUUUUGGCCAAAACUCUCCAGCUUGACAUGAUUCGCACGUUCAGAGUGGUUCUUGUUUCAAAACCAACUUUACUCACAGCUUUUCGAGAGGAAGGUGUAUGGGACUUAAUAUUCUCAGAGAAUUGUUUCUACUUUGGAUCAUCUGUUGAAGACAUCAAAUUUCACAUUGUCACAGAAAUUCGAAAUGAAGAUGUUAACGAUAAUAUUGAACCCACCAAUUCUGAAAGCUUAUACCUAUCUGAUGUUAACAUUCUUCAAUUGGAAGCUAUUUCCUUCUUGGAGUUUGCUGCAACACUUAAUGAAAACAAAUAUAACUUGCCAGAAUGCUCAGCACUGCUGGAUGCUCUUGAACACUGCAUUUCUGAUCCUGUGGUGGUCAGCAUUCUUCUUAAAAGCUUUCGUGUUAUUCUACAACUCGCCACAGAACAAACUCUAGUUUCAUUUAAAUCCUUGGAUGUAAUUACUGGAGUCCUUAAGGCUGCAUGUAAACAAGCAAAAGAACUACAAAACUUCAGCUGUUUGCCUGGUGAUGAUGUCAUCAUCAGUCGAAAUGGCUCUCAGAUGAAAAAUAUUGAAAUGAGUUCAUCAGAAGAGAGAACCAUUCAUUCUAUUAUUUGUGUAGAAUUAGCUUUGAGCCUCUUUAAGGAGUACGUCACCAUAUCUAGCUAUGGAAGAAUUCUGAUUUUGCACAAUCCUGACUGUAUUGAGUGUUUAUUCAACUUAUUCGAAGAAAAGAACUUCCACAAGCAUGUACUUGAGCAAAUUCUUGCUUUAUUCAGGUUACCUCCAUCAUCGAAACAAGAUCAUGCAGCAAAGCUACAGCUAUGCUCCAAAUAUUUAGAGAAUUUCACACGAGCAAAUGAAAAGGAAAAGGUUAAUUCAGAGUUUUUGGUUAAUCUACUGGUCAGCAUGAGAGAGAUCAUUAUGAUGGAUCGUGUGUACUAUCAAAAUCUAUUUCGCGAUGGAGGCUGCUUUCUGCAUAUUGUCUCUUUGUUGAAUGGAACUUUCAAUGAAGAAACUGGUGAACAGUUGGUCCUUAAUGUCCUUGAGACAUUGACCUUAUUACUCGAAGGAAAUGAUGCAUCCAAGGCUGCCUUUAGAAUGCUAGUUGGUGUGGGUUAUCAAACGCUACAGAACUUGCUAUUGGACUUUUACAAAUGGUUGCCAAGUGAGAAACUUUUACAUGCAUUGCUUAGCAUGCUGGUUGAUGGGAAAUUCGAGAUAAAUGAGAUAACAACAAUAAAGAACGAAGAUGUGGUUAUAUUAGUUUUGAAUAUUCUACAAAAGAGCAGCACAUCACUUCAGCAUUAUGGACUUGUUGUUUUGCAGCAGUUGCUCAAGCAAUCCAUUGCAAAUAGAACUUCUUGUUUCAGAGCAGGACUGCUUAGUUUUCUUCUCAAUUGGUUUUCAGUGGAGGAAAGGGAUGAUAAAGUUGUCGAAAUUGCAGACUUAAUUCAGAUAAUUGGUGCACACAGUAUAAGUGGCAAGGACAUUAGGAAAAUUUUUGCCCUCUUACGUUGCGAGAAAAUUGGUGCCAAGAAGAAGCAUACUUCUUUGCUUUUGACGUGUCUCAGUCACAUGCUUAAGGAAAAGGGACCAGAAGCUUUCUUUGAGUUCGAUGGUCAUGAUUCUGGUAUAGAAAUAAUAUCACCAUUUCAAUGGCCUUAUAAUAGAGGCCUAUCCUUUUCUUGCUGGUUAAGGGUAGAAAACUUCCCAGAAAAUGGUAUGAUGGGCCUCUUCUCUUUUUUCACAGAAGAUGGAAAGGGGUGCUCAGCUGUGCUUAGCAAAAGUGCUCUAGUAUAUGAGUCUAUGAAUCAGAAACGCGAGUGUGUUUUGCUGCCACUAAAACUGCCACCAAAGGAAUGGAAAUUCCUUUCUGUUACUCAUACAAUAGGGAGGGCUUUCUCUGGAGGAAGCCACCUGAGGUGUUAUGUGGAUGGUAAUCUAGUAUCGUCUGAGAAGUGUAGUUAUGCAAAAAUGAAUUUGGCAAUGACUCACUGCACUAUCGGUACAAAAUUGAUGCCUGUUGGUGAACAACAUAUUUCAAUUGGUUAUGAGAGAACCUUUGCCUUUACUGGUCAAAUGGGCCCAAUUUAUGUGUUUUCUGAUGCUCUCUCUUCAGAACAAAUAAAAGGCAUAUAUAAUCUAGGACCAAGUUAUAUGUACUCUUUCCAUGGUGAUGAUUCACUGUACAGGGGGAUUCUAGAUGCAAGAGAUGGAAUUUCAUCAAAGAUUAUUUUUGGUUUCAAUGCGCAGGCUAGUGAUAGUAGGAGUCUAUUCAGUGUGUCUUCUGCAUUAGAUGGUGCUGACAGAAGUACAUUUGAAGCAAAAAUCAUCGGUGGAACAAAGUUAUGCUCGCGACACUUGCCGCAGGAUAUUAUUUAUUGUGUUGGUGGUGUUUCUGUAUUUUUUCCUCUCUUCAAUCAAUUUCGCGAUACUGUAACUGAUGGUGAGCAAUCUUCUCAUGCAUCUCUCAUCAAUUACAAGUUGCCAGCUGAGGUCAUUGAGCUUGUCGCAUCUGUUCUGGAUGGAAAUGUAUCGAAUCAACAACAGAUGUAUCUUCUUUCUGGAUUAUCUAUUAUGGGUUUCUUGCUUCAAUCUGCAACACCUAAGCUGUUAAACAUUGAAACACUUUCUGCACUGAAGUAUAUGUUUGAUGUUCUAAGGAACUGUGGCAUGUCAAAAGUUCUUCUGAAAGAUGCUAUUUUACAAAUUUAUUUGAAUCCACAAAUAUGGGUGCACUCAAGCUAUGAAGUGCAGAGAGAUCUUUAUACAUUUUUGCUAAAAUAUUUUGAAACUGAUGGAAGGUUCUUACCACUGCUCUGUGGACUUCCUAGGAUCAUUGACAUUGUGUGCCAAUAUUACUCCGAGGGUGUAGACUCUAGGUUUGGUGUUGGUUCCAAGUCCUUGCUGCAUCCAGUUACCAAGCAAGCUGUUGGAGAUAGACCUAAGAUAGAGGAAAUAUGCAAACUUCGGCUUCUCCUUUUGAGUUUAGCGGAAAGGAGCUUAAAGUUACAAGUUUCUCUGGCUGAUAUAAGAGCCCUUGCCUCCUUUUUUGGGAGGAAUCAAGAUAUAACAUGCGUUGAGGACAUGCUGAAGAUGAUCAUUCGUGCUCUUUCAGAGAGUUCAGUUCUAACAUCUUUCUUGGAGCACACAGAUUCCCUUGGUGGCUGUUGCAUUUUCAUCAAUCUUCUUAAGAGGGAAUUCGAACCAAUUCGAUUGUUGGGACUUGAGUUUGUUGGGAAGCUUUUGGCUGGUGUUCCAUCUGAGAAGAAAGUAGCAAAAUUAUUUACAUUACCCAUUGGGCAAUCUAGCCCCAUCUUUGAUAACUCAAGAAAAGAAAUAACAGCAGCAUCUCAUCUAUUUUUCUAUACAAUAUCUGAAAGGCUGUUUAAAUUUCCACUUUCAUAUAAUUUAUCUGCAGCUUUUUUCAAUGUUCUUCUUGGUGGAACCAGUCCAAACAAGGAAUAUUCUCAGUCUGACCAGUCCAAAAAUAAGGAUUGCAGCUCUUCACACUUGGCUUCCUUCUUCCUUCCUCAGAUAUUGGUCUGCAUUUUUAGAUAUUUGCAUUCUUGUCAAGAUUCUUCAGCGCGUAUAAGAAUCUUAAGUGAUCUUCUUGGUUUGCUAGAUUCAAACCCUACAAAUAUUGAAGCUUUAAUGGAGCACAGUUGGAACUAUUGGCUUGAGACAUCCACAAAGCUUGAUGUAUUGAAGAACUACAGAUCAGUUUCUAAAGGUGAGCUUGACACUGUGGAGAUCGAUGAAGUAACUCUUGUGAGGAACUUGUAUGCUUUGGUACUAGCAUACUACCUGAGUACUGUAAAAGGUGGCUGGCAUCAGCUUGAAGACACAACUAAUUUUUUUCUUUUAAAAUUUGACCAGGGACAACUGUCAAGUUCCUAUUUACUGCGGGACAUACUUGAUGAUAUUAUUGGGAGCCUGCUACAGACAUCUUCAGAAGAAAAUAUUUUCCUUUCACAGCCAUGCUGUGAUAACGUCUUGUAUCUUUUGAAGCUUAUCCAGGAGUUGCUUUUCAAUCAAAUAGGAAUCAAGCUCUUGUUUCCAUCUGAUCCUUCAGAGGAAUAUUUCUCCAGUAAUAAAUGGAAAGAAAUUAAAUGGAAAGAAGAUAUUAAGUCUACACUAGAUGAAAUUUUAAUUGAGGAAAACCAUGGUCAAUAUAAAAGUUUCCCUUGGAGAUCUUGCCAAUUUGCUGCUGCUGAUGAGACAAGUGAUGAUUGGUGGAACUUCUUUGAUAAGGUUUGGGAUCUCAUAUGUAAUUUAAAUGGAAAAGGACCAAACAAAUUGCUAUCGAAGGGUCCAAAUAUUGAAGUCCCAUCGUUGGGGCAAAGGGCACGUGGAUUGGUGGAAUCUCUAAAUGUCCCUGCUACAGAAAGGGCUGCUGCUGUUGUUUCUGGAGGUAUUGGUACUGCAUUAGUUGCAAAAAUGAAUAGAUUUUCUGACAAAGCUACAUUAUUGAGGGAAGAGAUAUUCCCAAGGGUUUUCUUUCAUCUUGUAAUUCUGUAUCUCUGCAAAGCUGGAUUAGAAAAUGCAUCCAAGUGUGUUCUGCAGUUCAUGUCACUGCUUCCUGUUCUUAUUUCAGAAGAUGAACAAAGCAAAAACAAGCUGCAUUUCUUAAUAUGGUCUUUACUCAUUGCAAGAUCUCAGUACGGGAUAUUAGAUGAUGGUGCACGUUACCAUGUUUUAUCACACUUGAUCCUUGAAACUAUCAUAUGUGGAAAAUCCAUGCUUGUUCCUAAUAUCUUGGGAAGAGAUGAAUCUAUGGAAAUCGGCAACAAUAAAGAGACUGGGUUCAUUCUUAGUUUUGUAGAGAAGGACCGUGUACUUGCCGCGGCCACCGUUGAGGUUAAGCAUACGAAGGCAGUUCAGGCUGAUCGCUUGAGGCAGUUGGAAGAACUUCAAUCUAACCUUAAUGAACAGUUAAGUGAAGAGACACAACUGGAGAAGAUGAUUGAAGAUAACAUACAUAUUUCUGUCACUUCUUCUCUUUCUGCAGAUGACAAAAGAAAAAUAGCUUUUCGACUUGCUUUUGAUGAGGAUCAGCAAAUUGUUGCGGAUAAAUGGGUACAUAUUUUCCGUGCUUUGACUGAUGAGAGGGGGCCAUGGUCUGCUAACCCUUUUCCAAACAAUGUUGUGACGCACUGGAAACUUGACAAGACUGAGGAUAAAUGGCGGAGACGACUCAAGCUUAAGCGCAACUACAAGUUUGAUGAACGCCUGUGUCAACCAUCGUAUUCUAGGAAUGAAAGUACAGAGGCCUGUGUUGACCAAAGUUCUUUUAGUACCAAAGUUCCUGGGAAAUUGAAGCGUUUCCUUCUGAAAGGUGUGCGAGCAAUCACUGAGGACAAUGCGUAUGAACCAUUUGUAGACACCAAUGAUGCAAGUUCCCAGAGUAAUCUGUCAGAGAGCCAAAACCCAAAUGUCUCAGAUUCCUCAGAUUAUCGCUCUAGUGUUCAAAAUAAGAAAGAACCAUCAUCUAAUAAUGGAGAUAAUGAUUAUACCAAGGUGCUAUGUUCAGUUCACUGUGUUCUUAUAACCCCAAAGAGAAAACUAGCAGGACAAUUGGAUAUCACACGAACCGUUCUACAUUUUUCUUUUCAAUUUUUGGUUGAAGGAACUGGAGGAUCAUCUGUUUUUAGCAAGUUUAAAGAGACAGAGGAUUCCGAUUGCAAGAGUGAUCUAGGAGGUGUGGAAAGACUUGAUGGGGGCCGAGACUACGUGACCAAAACUCCCAAUGGUGUCUUGAUGCAAAAACAAUCUCAAAAAAUUAAACAUCACAGAAGGUGGAACAUAACCAAGAUAAAAGCAGUUCACUGGACGCGCUACCUGCUACAAUAUACUGCAAUGGAGAUAUUCUUUGACGAUUCAAAUGCACCCAUAUUUUUAAACUUCUCAUCCCAAAAGGAUGCUAAAAGUGCUGGGUCUCUCCUAGUUUCCCUCAGGAAUGAAGCCUUGUUCCCUAAAGGAAGUGUCAAAGACAAAAAUAGUGUCAUUUCAUUUGUUGACAGACGAGUUGCACUUGAAAUGGCUGAGAAUGCCAGGGAAAGAUGGACAAGGAGGGAAAUCAGUAACUUUGAGUAUCUCAUGAUUCUUAACACUCUUGCUGGACGAUCUUACAAUGAUUUAACUCAGUAUCCUGUAUUUCCAUGGGUACUGACCGAUUAUACAUCAGAAAAGCUUGAUUUUAACAAGUCUUCUACAUUUAGGGACCUUUCAAAGCCAAUUGGUGCGUUGGAUGAAAAACGCUUUGAGGUUUUUGAUGAUAGAUACGUUAAUUUCUGUGACCCAGAUAUACCAAGUUUUUAUUAUGGAUCUCACUACUCCACCAUGGGAAUUGUCCUUCAUUACCUUCUCAGGCUAGAGCCUUUUACAACUCUGCAUCGUAGCCUCCAGGGUGGCAAGUUUGACCAUGCAGAUCGCCUCUUCCAGAGCAUUGAUAGCGCUUACAAAAACAGCUUGUCAAAUACAAGUGAUGUCAAAGAGCUUAUUCCUGAAUUUUUUUACAUGCCUGAGUUUCUUGAAAAUUCAAAUUCGUAUCAUCUUGGUGUUAGGCAGGAUGGUGAACCUUUAGGUGAUGUUGCUCUCCCUCCUUGGGCAAAGGGCUCUCCAGAAGAAUUCAUUCAUAUCAACCGAGAAGCUCUUGAGAGUGAAUAUGUGAGCUCUAAUCUCCAUCACUGGAUUGACCUCAUAUUUGGUUACAAGCAGCGUGGACAGCCUGCUGUUGAGGCAGCAAACAUAUUUUACUAUGUUACAUAUGAAGGUGCAGUUGAUCUGGAAAAUAUGGACGACCUGUUGCAGAAAUCUGCUAUCGAGGACCAGAUUGCAAAUUUUGGACAGACACCAAUCCAGAUUUUCCGAAUAAAACAUCCAAGAAGAGGGCCUCCUGUGCCAAUAGCUCACCCUUUGUAUUUUGCACCACAGUCAAUAGCAUUGACUUCAAGUGUUUCUAGUACAAUCAGCCAUAUGUCUGCGUUAUUAUUUAUUGGCUUGUUGGACAACACAGUCAUAUUGAUGAAUGAAGGACUCGUAUUGUCAAUAAAGCUGUGGUUGACAACACAGUUGCAAUCUGGUGGAAACUUUACAUUUUCUGGACCACAGGAUUGUUUCUUUGGAAUUGGCUCGGAUGUUAUUUCUCCCCGUAAAAUUGGCACUUUCCUGGCUGAAAAUGUUAAGUUUGGAAGACAGUGCUUAGCAACCAUGCAAAUUAAUGGUGAUAAGUAUUUGAUUUUAUGUGGAAAUUGGGAGAACAGUUUCCAGAUUAUAUCUCUUAGUGAUGGAAGAAUUGUCCAGAGCAUCAGGCAACAUAAGGAUGUUGUUGGCUGUGUGGCAGUUUCAUCUGAUGGAAAUGUAGUUGCAACUGGAAGUUAUGACACCACUGUUAUGGUCUGGCAUUCGUUUCGAGGCAGACCAAGUGAUCAUGUUGUAAUGGAAAGGCCGGUUCAUAUCUUUUGUGGCCAUGACGACAUCAUAACAUGUUUAUUUGUUAGCACAGAACUGGAUAUUGUCAUCAGUGGUUCAAAAGAUGGAACAUGUAUAUUUCAUACACUGCGUGAAGGAAAAUAUGUCCGAUCCAUUCGGCAUCCUUCUGGCAUUGGUCUGUCAAAAUUGGUGGCAUCGCAGCAUGGAAGGGUAGUAUUCUAUUCUGAGAAUGACCUCUCCUUGCACUUGUAUUCCAUCAAUGGAAAACAUAUUGCUUCUUCAGCAUCCAGUGGGCGUAUCAAUUGCAUGGAACUUAGUUGUUGUGGAGACUUCAUGGUUUGUGCUGGUGAGCAUGGUCAAAUAGUGCUGCAUUCUAUGCAUUGCCUUGACAUUGUUUGGAGGUAUGAUGGAGCUGGGAAAACAAUUACCUCUUUAUCUGUGACCCCUGAAGAGUGCUUUCUAGCAGGAACCAUGGAUGGUAGUUUGCUUGUGUUUUCAGUGGAAACUCCUCUACUUAGAAAGAGGAGCAUGCCACGAACAAGGAUAAAGCCUCCCACUACUAGUUAAGUUGUAGUUAACUUGUAGCUGCAAGAAAUUGACACAAAAAUACCUUGCUUCAACUUCAAACAUAAGGUUAUUAACCGAAAAUUUCAAGAUUUGUUUCCACCCAUGUACAUAAAGCGGAGCAAAUUUCUGGAAUAAGGGUAUUCAAGCUACUCUACUGAUGAUGAUCCAUGAUCAACAAAUCUAACAAUAGUAAAACUAACAUGCGUAAGGAGAGAUCCCAAGCUAUCUGAUUUUCAGGCUAGGCGCAAAUAUCACCCAUCACUUGAUAGGAACUAACAUUUUGACAUCCAAACUUAGCAAUUUUGCAGUUGUUUAGCAUAUCAGUUCUGUUGUUUUAGUGGAGGGCCGCUGCCCCUAUUGUGCCCCACCAGCAGAAUUAGUUUGUCACUACUAUGUAUUAGAUGGCAAUUUUUUGUGCUCACCACAGUACUACAUUCAUUGUGAUCUGGAGAGUGGUAUAUUGUAUACCUGAUCAGCUGUUCUCAAUUUUUUCAAGGAUAAAAGUUGCAGUUUUUUAAGGUUGAACGUGUAUUAUUUCCUCCUAAAUGUUUAUU